UCGCUCGUGUCAGAGCCUCGGUCCUGCGUCAAAGCUGUCGUCUGCUCACACCAAAGCAGACGAGGACAUCUGUGACAGGCAAAAUGAACACUUCUACAUGUUUGAGGAUAUAUCCGAAGGUUUUUCAACUUGUAUCACUUUUUCUGUUGGUUUCUGGUGUCCUGUCACAAGAAACAACGUCAGCAGCGGUAACAACAACGCAAAGUGGCAACUCCUCCAGAUGGGACUUCAUCCGCUACUUCAAUGCCCACAGAUCCGACGAAAAACCUGACCUGACGUAUGACAAGGCCUGGUUCACCAUCAACACUAGCGUCAACUUCGACCUGCAGCUAUGGGCACAGACUACGCAAUGCGUGCGGUGUCCCCUAAGGCAGAUAGACACGAUCCAUGGCCCCAACACCAGCACCAUUCUCAUGGACACCAAGUGGCCCAUGAGGGUCAAACUGGCCAGACAGCACCCCACUGACCAUGUGGAGGAUAUCUGCAGCUUUGAGCUGCAUUACCGCGAGGCGGGCGACUACUGGUUGUUCCUUGACUACCAUGCCUACAUGGAGGGGACGGCCUGCGACCUGCUGCUGGCGAACGAACCCCUGCCGGCCGAAAUACCCAUACUGUUUACAGUGCUGGGUUUGCUAGGCCUGGCCGGACUGUGGGCCAUCAUCAAGUGUAUUUACAGACGCAGUAGAUCGGCGCCAUGUUUCGGGAAGAGCGCUGAUAUCACUGAUCCCAGGGAACACUCAGAGGCUAAUAAUUCGGUGAACAUGGACCCUCUCAGUAAAGCUAACGGAGAUGUAGAAAACGGAGGCCCCAAAAAGGUCACCGAGCCCAAGAAGAAGAAGAGGCUGCGUUCUCUGGACACAUUCAGGGGCUUGGCCCUGAGCAUAAUGAUCUUCGUGAACUACGGCGGCGGUGGUUACUGGUUCUUCGAGCAUCCUCCCUGGAACGGCCUCACGUUGGCUGACCUCGUCUUCCCCUGGUUCAUCUUCAUCAUGGGAACCGCUAUGAACUUCUCGUUCCGGAGCAUGUACAAACGUGGCAAGACAAGGUGCCAGAUUCUAUGGAAGAUCAUCAAGCGAUCCUGUAUUCUGUUCGGUUUGGGAAUCAUCCUGGCAACCUCAUGGGGACCUACGGAUCUCACCAAGCUACGAGUCCCCGGCGUCCUGCAGAGAUUCGGCGUCACCUACCUCAUCAUCGCCCUCACCGAGCUGCUCUGUCACAGGAAGGAAGAUUCACAUGCGGACCGCAAGUGGUCUCCCAUCCGUGACGUCGUCCUGUACCUCCCUGCCUGGGGCUUCCAGCUGUGCAUCCUGGGCGUGUACCUCGGCCUCACUUUCGGCCUGCCAGUACCCGGAUGUCCCACAGGCUACAUCGGACCCGGAGGUUUGAGUGAUGGCGGCAAAAACUACAACUGUACUGGCGGGGCCGCCAGGUACAUUGAUUACGUGUUGCUAGGCAACGACCAUAUAUACCAGUACCCCACCCCGCAGGCAUUAUACGAGACGCAGGUUCCAUACGACCCGGAAGGAAUUCUAGGAGUUUUGACAUCUGUUUUCCUUUGCUUUUUGGGAGUGCAGGCUGGGCGCAUCAUCAUCACGUACCAGUCCCACACAGGCCGUAUUGUCAGGUGGCUCAUCUGGGGCGUCAUCACGGGAGCGAUUGCGGCACUGCUUUGCAAGGGUAGUCAAAACGACGGCUGGGUUCCUGUAAAUAAAAACUUGUGGUCGGUUUCCUUCGUGUUGGUGACGGCGAGUUUCGCCUUCUUCCUUCUGUCGGUCAUGUAUGUGGUCAUGGACAUCGUACACUGGUGGGAAGGCGGGCCCUUCCUCUAUCCAGGUAUGAACUCGAUCGUGGUGUACGUGGGCCACGACCUGCUGUGGCGACUGUUCCCCAUCAACUGGGAGAUCGAGGAAAUCCACUGGAAGCUGCUGCUGCAGGACGUGUGGGGCGCCGGCAUCUGGUGCUUCAUCGCCUACCUCAUGUUCCGCAAGAAGUUCUUUGUUGCAAUCUAACAGAAUUGUUCUAGAAGAGGCAAUAUCUUCACGAAAAGUGCCUUGUUCAUGGCUAGAUAGUUGAAGAACAUAUGUUCCUGUUGUGUGACAUGAAUGUGUUCCAUGUUUACUGUUCUGCGAGAUCCUGUGGAAGUGUAACCCUUUGAGGUUUGAGAAUUUGAUGAGCGUAAGAAAUGAGUUUUCUGGUCACAGGAUCAUUGGUCAGAUAAUUGGAAUAACAAGUUCGAUACAACCCGAUAAAACAUAGAUAAAAUACAUGUUACACACCUGGGGCCCGUUCCACAACGUGAUUGUAGCGCUACGGCUGUCGUAAGUGUAUGUUAAAGUGGGGGAGUUAUGAUCAUCUUUGCGCUACGAUCGCUUUGUACCCUGCAUUUCAAAGAGACCAUUCCAUUAGUCAGUGAGUGGCCCGGUCUUCUAAUGUAUCUCAAAAGUUAAACAUCAGAACGUUGUGUUUUAUAUUUCACUGUAUACACAAUAUCUAUCUUUUAGUUUAUUGUCUCCAAAUACAUUAGGAUGUAAACAUAUAUUGUUAUUGAAUACUUUUCAUAUUUCAUAGUUUCAUUGUGCACUAUUAGUUCCAUAGCUCAUAUGUAUAUUGCCAUUGUGUGUAUAACAUGUAUAAAUGAAACUGUUCAUGACAUUGUAAUAUCUUUUGUGCUUAUGUAAUAUCAAAACACUGUAAAAUUUGUAUUUAUAUUUGAUAUAUAUGUUGCUUAUUAAAUAUGUUAUGAUCAAUAAACAUGUAUCAUGGUUGA